GCGUUUUGAAGACGAGGCACGAGCUUUCUCUCGAACUUUCUCUGGGUUCAAAUGAUGAGGUCGAGUUGUUUUUUAAUUCCCCCCCUGAAUGUGGUAAAAAACUUUAAAUGGCUGUUUUAGGGCUUUAUUAAUACCAUGGGAUUUGUUUCGGAUCAACACGAAGAGUUUGUUUAAAAGAUAGUAAGAAGCGGGAGUUUGUGUGGAGAGACGGCUGUUAUUUUGUUGGACGCCGGUGUAUUUGACGGUAUAAAAUGGUGUGGGAUUUGAUUUAUUAAACCUCCUUAUGGAUCCGACGGCUGUGUAACUCUUCAGUUUGGAGUUUUAAUUAAUAUUUGUAUAUAUAUCUUUUUUUUAAACGCGGAUAUUUUUUUUUUGUAAUGGGUAAAGAUUAUUAUAAAGUCCUGGGCAUACAGAAAGGUGCUUCAGACGAUGAGAUUAAGAAAGCGUACAGAAAGCAGGCGUUACGGUAUCACCCGGACAAAAACAAGUCCCCCGGAGCCGAGGACAAAUUCAAGGAGAUCGCAGAAGCCUACGACGUGCUGAGCGACGCCAAGAAGAAAGAUAUCUACGACCGAUACGGCGAAGAAGGACUUAAAGGUCAUUCCGGAGGUUGUGGAACCAGUGGGUCAAACUAUGCGUUCCAUGGAGACCCACACGCCAUGUUCGCCGAGUUCUUCGGUGGCCGCAGUCCAUUCGAUCAGUUCUUCAGCCAUGGAGCUGACGACGACGACAUGGACGUGGAGGACCCCUUUGCCGCGUUCGGCAUGGGAGGCAUGGGAGGCUUUCCCAGGUCCUUUAAGACUCGCGUCGGCGGCGCACACAUUCCACGAGAGAAGAAGAAAGACCCUCCUGUUAUUCACGAGCUCAAGGUGAGCUUGGAGGAGGUGUUCUCCGGCUGCACCAAGAAGAUGAAGAUCUCACGCAAGCGGCUAAACCCAGACGGCCGCACGGUCCGCACCGAGGACAAGAUCCUCACCGUGAACAUCCGGCCUGGCUGGAAGGAGGGCACCAAGAUCACGUUCCCUAAAGAGGGAGACGAGACGCCCACGAACAUCCCCGCCGACAUCGUGUUUGUUGUAAAAGACAAGGUGCACUCAGUGUUCCGCAGAGACGGCUCCGAUAUCGUCUACCAUAUACAGAUUUCCCUCCGAGACGCGCUGUGUGGCUGCUCGGUCAGUGCGCCGACGCUGGACGGCCGGACCAUCACUGUAUCGUGUCGCGACGUCAUCAAACCAGGCAUGAAGAAGAGGGUCGUGGGUGAGGGACUGCCCCUGUCCAAAUCUCCUGAUAAGAGAGGGGACAUGGUGCUGGAGUUUGUUGUGAAGUUUCCUGACAAAGUGACGCAGAACACUCGCGAUGCUCUGCUGCAGAUCCUCCCACCGUGAACGCUCUUGGGGAGGACACAGAGUCGGUGGGGGCGGGGUUCGGGAGAGAUGGGCUGUGGUUAGAGUCAGAGACGGUCCCUGCUGCAUACAACCAGACUGCUCCACAGUAUUAAUUUAUAAACCACUUCUCACCUAUGUUGAGUGCAUUUUUGACGUCACUGUGAACCCCUUUGCACAGUGCUGACAGACACUCAAGACACACACAUACACAGGGUAUGCAGCUGCCUUUAUCAUUUUUGCAGCUUUGAAAGCUGCAAAAUUAGCAACAGUGCUGUUUUAUUUUCUUUCACACACUGAUUAUCAUCUUUUCUUUCUCAUUCAUCAUGGAAGGAACAGACAGCUGUGUGUGUGAGAGAGAGAGGAGUGAGUAUGUGUGUGAGAGUGAGUGUGUGUGUGUGUGUGUGUAGGGAAAGGCAGGCAUCUUCUCGGAGGGAGGGAGGGAGGGAGGGAGGGAGGGCAGGCAUCCUGAGGCAUUAUGUUCUCCUCCCACUGUUACCACCCUUCCACACCGGCUCUCUAUUCUUUUCUGCAUUACACCUGGUGCUGUGAGUGUGUCUCAGGUACAUCCACACCCUCCAGUGCUCAUCUACUUAUCGUAACCCUGUAUCGUUUCAUGCAUCUUGUGUCUCCAGAUCUCGAUACCAUUUGAACCACCAUCUGACCUCCUGAAAUCAGAUUUCCGUGUCAUCUAUAUGCAAAUUACUGACUUCUUAGUGCUGUUCUUCAUUUCUAUUUAUUUAUUAGGAAAUAAAUGCAUCAAAUGAUGCCGUUUUGUGAGGUGGUGGCAGCUUCAACAGCCUUGGUCAUCUCCCAGCAAUUAUUCAACAAUAUUUACAGAUAUUUACAGCUUUGUUUUUUUUAUAUAUAUAUAUAUAUAUAUAUAUAUAUAUAUAUAUAUAUAUAUAUAUAUAUAUAUAUAUAUAUAUAUAUAUAUAUAUAUAUAUGGCCACUUGCCUUUGGUUUUUGAAACCUGACAUCAUGAAAUCAUCGUGAGAAUCCAAGCAUUAAUGUAUUUCAGUUAUCUUUAUAGACACUAUAGUAACAAAUAAACGUGUGUUCUGAGACGGGUUACAUAUUUUGUUGUAUUUUUAUAAAUACUUGAUGACUUCAGCGUGUCCGAAAUCCCAAACCUAGUGAUGGUUUCAAGGUGUGUGCUUUCAUCUAUUUAAAGUAUUCUCCUUCACCUUUUAAUGUAUACACCAAUCGGGCAUAACAUUAUGACCACCGAGAGGUGCCGUGAAUAACACUGAUGAUCUCCUCAUCAUGGCACCUGGGUGGGAUAUAUUAGGCAGCAAGUGAGCAUUUUGUGCUCAAAGUUGAUGUUAGAAGCAGGAAAAAUGGACAGGAGUAAAGAUUUGAGCGAAUUUGACGAAGGGCCAAAUUGUGAUGGCUAGACCACUGGAUCAGAACAUCUCCAAAACUGCAGCUCUUGUGGGGUGUUCCCGGUCUGCAGUGGUCAGUAUCUAUCAAAAGUGGACCAAGGAAGUAACAGUGGUGAACCGGUGACAGGGUCAUGGGGGGGCGAGGCUCAUUGAUGGAUGUGGGGAGUGAAGGCUGGCCCGUGUGAUCCGAUCCAACAGACGAGCUACUGUUGAUCAAACUGCUGAAGAAGUUAAUGCUGGUUCUGAUAGAAAGGGGUCAGAAUACACAGUGCAUGAUGGGUCAGGGCUGUUUUGGUGCCAAAAAGGGGACCAACACAAUAUUAGGCAGGUGGUCAUAAUGUUAUGUCUGAUUGGUGUAUGUUUUGAGCAAUCCUUUCUGUCGUAGAAGGAAUUCUGACUAAUCCUGCCUACUACCAAAAUAAUUCUGAGCAGUCCAACCCACUUCUGAAGGAAUUCUGACCAAUCCUGCCCACUUCUGAAGGAAUUCUGACCAAUCCGACCAAAAGAAUUCUGCAUGAUCACGCUUGCUGUUGAAGGAUUUCAAACCAAUCCCACCUACUACUGAAGUUCUGACCUAUCAUGCCACUGCCGGAAUUUUUGACCAAUCCUAGCUGCUUCCGGAAGCGAUUCUGACCGAUCCUGCCCAAUAUUGAAGGAUUUUUUUUUACUAAUCUUGCCAUGCUAUGAAGGAAUUUUUAAAAUCAUUGGUCAGAAUUCCUCUUCCGUACACAUGGACAUUUUUUUUUUUUUUUUACACACACCUCCAACACCAAAGUCCUUCAGUUUGUCCCGGACGUGAACUGGUAAAAAAUUGCCUUAAUACAUUUUUAUUUUAAUUUUUUAAAAGAAGUCAGAAAUAUUUGGUUCUUGUUGAUGGUCUACAUAGGAAAUAAAUAAUCAUGUAAAAAUUCA